AUGGAAACCACAAGGCUAUCCUUGCUCUCUCUUCUUCCGUUCCUUCUCCUCGCGAUCGCUGCCGAGGCAACCGGCGGCGAGCUCAGCACGUUCAUCGUCCACGUGCAAGCAGAGGAAAACCACGUGUUUGGCACCGCGGACGACCGGAAGGCGUGGUACCACUCGUUCCUCCCGGAACAUGGCCGGCUCGUGCACGCGUACCAUCACGUCGCCAGCGGGUUCGCGGCCCGGCUGACGCGGCAGGAGCUGGAGGCGGUGUCCGCCAUGCCCGGGUUCCUCAGCGCGACCCGCGCCCGGACGUACACCACGCUCACGACGCACACGCCCGAGUUCCUGGGGCUGAACCUGGAGGAGCAGGGGCGGCGGAACUACACGUCGGAGUUCGGCGCCGGGGUCAUCGUCGCCGUGAUCGACACCGGCAUCUUCCCGGACCACCCGUCCUUCAGCGACGACGGCAUGCCGCCGCCGCCGGCCAAGUGGAAGGGGCGCUGCGACUUCAGCGGCACCUCGUGCAACAAUAAGCUCAUCGGCGCGCGCAACAUGGUCGCCGCCCUCAACGGCCCGAACGGCACUUCCGCGCGGGUCCCGCCGGUCGAUGAGUUUGGGCACGGGACUCACACGGCAAGCACCGCCGCUGGGGCGGUCGUGCCGGGCGCUAAUGUGCUCGGCCACGCAUGGGGCACCGCCGCCGGGAUGGCGGUCCGCGCGCACAUCGCCAUAUACAAGGUGUGCUACGGAAAAGUUGUAGUAGACUGCGAGGAUGCCGACAUACUGGCUGGCAUUGACGCCGCCGUGGGCGACUGCUGUGACGUCAUCUCCAUGUCUCUCGGCGGGCCGUCGGUGCCCUUUCACCUAAACCCUAUGGCCAUCGGGACGUUCGGUGCCAUGGAGAAGGGCAUUUUUGUGAGCAUGGCUGCUGGCAACUCCGGCCCGGGAGAGAGCACCGUGAUAAACGAGGCUCCAUGGAUGCUCACCGUGGCCGCGAGUACCAUGGACCGCUCGAUUCGUUCGACCGUGCAGCUGGGGAACGGCGCGUAUUUCCACGGCGAGUCGCUAUACCAGCCAAACGUUGGCUUCUGCCCGUUGGUCUACGCGGGCGCGAGUGGGAAGCCAUUCGCCGAGUUCUGCGGAAACGGCAGUCUGGACGGCUUCGACGUCAAGGGCAAGAUAGUGCUGUGUGAACUCACGAAAAACAUCUCGGUGAUCAACCAAGGUGAGGUAGUGGAGAGUGCCGGCGGCGUCGCCAUGAUCUUGGCGAGCCCGUUUUUCCGAGGGUACGACAAGUUAGCCCAGGCGAACAUCCUCCCGGCGUCGAGCGUCGACUACCUCGUGGCCGCAGCCAUCAAAUCCUACCUCAACUCCACGGCGAACCCGGUUGCGCGUAUGGGCUUCAGGGGUACAUUACUCGGCACGUCACCUGCUCCGUCGAUCAUCUUCUUCUCGUCUCGCGGGCCUAGCCGUCAGGGCACUGGCGUUCUGAAGCCCGACAUCACGGGCCCCGGAAUGAACGUGCUCGCGGCAUGGCCUUUUCAGGUUGGCCCACCGUCGGCGCCGGUUCUCCCUGGGCCGACCUUCAACAUCAUCUCCGGCACGUCCAUGUCCACACCGCACCUUGCCGGCAUCGCCGCUUUAAUCAAGAGCAAGCACCCGGACUGCUUCCUGGAAUUCGACUGCGCCCGUCGUCGUCAGGCGCAAGGUGAAAAACGUCGGGGAGGUGCCUUCGGUGUACUACGCGGCGAUCGACAUGCCGAGCAGCACCGUAAGCGUGGACGUAUUUCCGAGGGACCUGGAAUUCAUCAAGCCAAACCAGGAACUGACUUUCUCGGUAUACGUGUGGCCGAGGCAGAGUGCUGCGAGGGUGCUACAGGGACGAAAGCUGGUGGCAGCAGAUCUGAUGACAACGUCAACGCAAUGAAGGCCGCUGACCCUGGCCUAGUCUACGACAUUACUCCUGAAAAUUACAUCGGCUACCUCUGUAGCAUGUACACGAGCCACUUCCUGGAAUUCGACUGCGCCAUUGGUGGUAAGGCGCAAGGUGAAGAACGUCGGUGA